AAUGGCUGCGGAUAGCAAUGUGCUGCUGGGUUUGGUGGAAGAAUUCGUGUCGGGACAGGUUGAUAGCAAGGCCACAGAAACCGCUACAGGUGUCAAGACUGGGCAGUUCACAAUACUCCAAUUGGUCGAGGCAUUGGGGUUGAGCCUGACCAGCUCCCAGCCUCAGACUCGUGGCAGAGGAGUGCAGCUCCUGUCUCAGGUCCUGCAGGAAUGCUUCAGCUGUCUAUCUGAGAAGGAAGUGGAGGUCCUGAAAGCUUUCUUUGAAAACAGACUAAAGGAUCACUAUGUGAUCACACCACAUGUACUUCAGGGGCUCAAGGCUUUGACAAAAUGCUCUGUUCUGCUCCCUGGUUCAGCUGUGUCCAUUUUAAAGUCCAUCUUCCAGGAUGUUCAUGUUCAGUCUUUGAUGCUGGCUGAGCGAUCAUGUGUGUACAACAUUCUUAUCAACCUAAUGGAGUCCAGAGAGGAGGAACUAAAGGGUCUGGGUGCAGACUUUGUGUUUGGAUUUGUGCAGUCAGUAGAUGGAGAACGAGAUCCACGCAACCUCUUGCUGGCAUUCCAGGUGGCCAGUAACAUCAUACACAGAGGUUAUAAUCUCGGUAAAUUCGUAGAGGAACUCUUUGAAGUGAUGUCCUGUUAUUUUCCUAUAGACUUUAGCCCUCCACCCAAUGAUCCUCAUGGGAUCACACAGGAAGAGCUUGUUCUGUCUCUACGGGCAGUCCUUACUGGGACGAGUCGGUUUGCUGAGUUUCUGUUACCAUUGAUCAUUGAGAAACUGGACUCGGAUGUUCAGAGUGCCAAAGUGGACUCCCUGCAGACUCUGGCUGCCUGUGGUCCGAUAUAUAGCCAUAAAGAGCUGGCAGAAUUCCUUUCAGGGCUUUGGAGCUCAAUACGGAGAGAGGUGUUCCAGACAGCCAGUGAGAGGGUGGAAUCAGCUGGUCUCUCUGCUCUCAGCGCGAUCACAUCCUGUCUUUCCCGUUCCGUGCUCAAUUCAGACUCCGAGGAUUCCCUGCAGGUGUUUCUAGACCUCGUUCUCAAAGACUGUCAGCACCAUCUUUGCGAGCCAGACCUCAAGCUAGUGUGGCCCAGUGCCAAACUCCUGCAGGCUGCUGCCGGGGCUUCAUACAGGGCGAGCCUGAUAGUUACUGCAGCCGUCAUACCGGCCCUGCUGGAGCAGUAUAACAACAGAUCACAGUGUGCUCAGCGGCGCACCCUGCUGGAGGUUUUGCAGGGUUUCGUUCAGCCCACCCCAUUAAGCCAUCCUGCAGAGAGAGAGGAGAGUGUAUUGGUUGCGUUUCAGCAGUCUUUGUGUAGUGUGGUGUUCUCUGCAUUGGUGGAGUCUAGCACUGGUCUCCAGGUUACAGCCACACGUGUGCUCUCUGCGCUGGGACAGCAGCCUGGCUUGUUGGCACAGACAGAUGUUGAGAAAGCUGCUGAUCAUUUGACCAGACUCAUUCUGGAGGAAGAUGAUGCUCAAGUGAGUUCAGCUGUGGUGGAGUGUUCAGGCUCUCUGGCUCAUCUGCAUCCCAAAGCCUUCAUCACCAGGAUGAUUCCUCGACUAAAGGAAGAGAUCUUCUCAGAUCCAGUGUCUAAUGGAGCAGCGCGCCAGCGAUGUGUGACUGUAUUAGCAUCUGUGUCAUCUCAGCUCAGUAUGGUGCAGGAGAGCGCCCCCAUGCUGCUGCAGGUGCUGGCUUCAGCCCAAACAGGUAGCUGUGGUUUCACUGUAGAGGAAGUGACAUCUGUGUGCAUCAGUUUGCAGAGGAUAGCCGAGCAUGCACGUGGCAUUGAGGAGAUGGGCAGAUUCUUCCAUGACAUCAUCAUUCCCCAACUCCUAGCACUGUCCUUGCAGGCAGCUCUGCAGAAUCACAGUAGUCCAUUAACAGAUGAAGCAGUUCUGUCCACUAUAGUUCCUGUUAUCAGCACAGCCUGUGCUGCAUUACAAACAGAAUUAGCAUCCCAAAUGGCGGCCCAGGCAGUUACUCUUUUCCUGGAUGGAGAUGCUUCCUUUUUGCCUGAAAAUGCCUUCCCCUCACAGAUCCAGCUGCUUCAGAGCCAGGUGGAGUCUAAUGGCCUCUCUCAGUUGGUGUGUUUACUGAUGGCUUGUGUGUGCUCUCUUCCACGCAGUGUGGACAUUCCUGAAAUCGACAGGCUUCUUGUCCAGUUGGAAGACUUGAGCUUUACAUGUCCACACCUGUUCUCCUACACGUUUGCAGCAAAAUGCUUCGCUGGCUUGGUCAACAAGAGGCCGGCAGGUGAAGCUCUAGAUGCAGUGCUGGAGAGAGUGUUGAAGAGGAUCAGAGUUGAAUUGGAGAAUGUUUCCUCUUCACAACGAACACAAGCAUUCACACUGCUGCUCUGGGUCCUUGUGGUGGUGAGGUUACUCACAUCAGUCCGGGAGGCGGAGGGCAAGUCUCAGUUGCCUCCGCUUCUGAGACCGCCAAGCUGUGCAUUUUAUCACGUGGCUCACUGUGCAGGACACCGCGGAAACUCCAAGAUCCACGCACAACUUACCACACGCCCCAUUGAGAGCAAGAACCACUAAUCAUGACCACAAGGAGGUUACCCCAUGUGACUCUACCCUCCCUAGCAACCGAGCCAAUUUGGUUGCUUAGGAGACCUGGCUGGAGUCACUCAGCACACCCUGGAUUCGAACCCGCAACUCAAGGGGUGGUAGUCAGCGUCAAUACUCGCUGAGCUGCCCAGGCCCCGGGGUUAGGGAUUUUAAGAAAUCUCUAAACCUCAUGAUUACACUUUGCCAUGUAAUGCAUCCAACAUGUGGUUUGUGCUACAUUUUUAACAAUCAGCCUUUGGGUGAUUAAAAUGGCUGGGGGAAAAAACUCCCAUAGACUUCAUUAUAGGAGAGAGUCGAGCGAUAUCUAGACAUAGAGACUUGGGGUUGGGCUCUUUACGUAGUCCAGUAAGCAAGCCUCUAGCAACCACAUAGCAACACCAAAAACUUUCAAAACACCUCAGCAACCACAUAACAAUGCUGUGGUAACCAAACACAACACCAUAGCAUCGUGGUUGCAACAAGUACUACAUUUUAUUAAGAAAUAUACUAAAUUUAGCUCUGUAUAUUAAUACAUUUUUAUGUUUUCUAUAGUAUUAAAAUUGUAGGGUUUAAUUACUUCUGUUCCUCAUCACUCGUGGUUGAUCAUGUUUUUUUUGUUUUUUUUUCAAAGAGCAAAUGGCUGAUUUAAAUGCAAAUAUGUCACUAAUACAAUUAUGGCAAAUGAUACAUAGUUUAUACAAUAUAUUUUCUUAUUAUUCCAUCAAAAAUAUUGAAAAACAGAAAAUGCAUUAUCUAUUCAUGGAUCUUGCGACUAACACAAGUAGUAGGAGGGUAAUUUACAUAUAAGUGUGUCCAAGGUGAUUUAAAAUGAGAAAUCUUUAAAAAUCUACUUUAAAGCAUGUGUCAAGUUUGUAGAAAUGUAAUCUUUGUUUUCAUGAAUUUUUGAAAAACGUUUUUUACAAAUAUCAUUCGUUUUUGAUGCAAGAAUAUCACGAAGUGUUCUCAGGGUUACAUCACAUGACCUGAACAAAAUGUGCAAAGAAUUUCAUAAAAAUCUUAAAAUAUUUGAUAUUUUUUACUUUGAGGCUCUAAAGGGGUCCUCUUGGUUUUAUGGUGUCAACUCAACAAAAUGACGUAACGUUGGUUACACCACAUGACUUUAAUUUGGUAGACUAAAGUUUUUCAAAUAUGAAUCAUAUUUUAAAACAAGUGUUUUUCAAGAAAUAUUAAAGAUUCUUCUGCUCUACUUGUGCAAAAUUUUCUUGUUUUAAGAAUUGCAGCUUUUAAUGAGGCUUUUUUUAUUCUUCUUUUUUUUCUUUCUUUUGUUUGUUUUUUAUAAAUACUGUCUCUGGACAUUUACACCACAUGACAUUUUUGAAUUUAAGCCCCAGAAUAAAUAUGCUCCUCAUUAAAGAGAAGCAUCACGUCAUUGACCCAGGUAACUGGUCGAUGCUGAUUUAACCUCACAAUAGCAAAAUACUGUCUGAGAAAUCAGUCUUACUGGUUUAUCUAUCCACUAUUCUUUACCAGAAAUGUUACAUCACAUAAUCACUGCUUUUCAACCUGCACUAUACAAGUAGUUAUAGAUCUAAUUUGCUAUAGAAGUCAUUACAACUCAUUUGUAACAGUAAUGUUUGUUUAUGGUUUGACUAUCUUGACAAAUAAAAUUUUU